GACAAUCACGGCUCCUCCCGCUCGCGGCGAGGCGUCUGGAGCCACUGGGUGCCGCUUGCCAUCACCCUGACCGUGGCCACGGCCGGUCUCGCCGCCUGGGUCUGGAGCCAGCGCAAGGAGAGCGCCGAGGACCACGCUGAGCCCGAGCCCGACCUGGACUAUGAGCACGCCGACUAUGGGGAGAAUCCCGCGUACGGCGCCUCGGCGGAGAGGCACAGGAUGGCGCCGCCGGAGCAGCAGCAGCGCGAUGGCAGCUACGCGGUUGGCGCCGAGACGGCCGAGGGCACGUCGGGAUGGGGAUCGCGAAUGAGCGCCUUUUCGUCGAACCCGCAGACCUUCCUCGACUCGACUGGGAAGACGGUCGCCGCUGGCGUUGCUGCCGCCGGGGCUGCGGUCGGCAAGGCGCUGGCCUCGAUCCGCGAAGAAGACAGGCCGGAGCCCGAAACGAACCCUUGGUCCGAGAACAGAGAGGUGCGCAGGGAAAAGGGACCGGCGCCUGUUCAGAAGAAGCGCAAGACGGUCGCCAUUGUCAUAUCUGCCGACUCCCAGUUCACCGACGACGACGACGACAUUACUCAUGAGCAUGCCUCCAUCUUGAACCACAUCCCCCGGCACAAUGACCUGUCUGCCAUCAAGCUUUUCGUGCUCAUCUACGCACCUAGCUUGAAAGACACGGGUGAAGCCGCUACGAGUAAUCGCCCGCCUCCUUCGGUUAGCUCAUCAUUCUCUAACGUUGGAUAUGAUCAAGCUCAAACUCCCGAGGCCAAGAGCCCAGUACUUGGCGCGUCGGCUGAAAACACCUUGUUCAAUGCCGUCUACUCUCAGGCCUUGGCUCUGGUGGACAAGGAGACCAUGAUUCUUCCCUUCACGACCCCCAACGGCCAUACCCACAUUCUGCGCCACCUGCAGCCCGACAUCAUCUACCUGCAGGAAUCUCUGGCGGGUGAGAAUGGCGGCUACGUCGCUAAUAUGCAGACUUGGUUCCGCCACGACAUUGUGCUGGUUGUUGGAGCUGAGGAUGGAUCCGGCGGCCUGGCCGACAGCGAGUCCGAAGCGGAGAAGGCCGACAAGCCCGAAAGGUGGUGGCAGAAGUCCGAGCGUGUUGGCCGCGGACGAGGCAUCAUUGUUGUUGACAGCGUGCGUGUUAAUGAUGAUUGGGUCCGUAGAGUUCAGGGCCGAGAAUAA